AUGACAGUUCAGUCUGAAGCAGAAGAAGACCAAGGUUUUGACAACCAAUUAAACUCUAGAGAAGAGGAGGAAAUGGAUUUAUUAUUAUUCGAGACAAAACAAUACAAGAAGAAAUGGAAUUAUGAAAGACCAAUUGUAAACGAUGAGUAUUACCAAAUUCCAUUUGUUCAACUUGACGAUAUUAUUAAAAGAGCUACAUAUGGUGCUAGAACAUUGGUACAAGGACCACAUAAAAGUGGAAAGACUACUAUAUUGAAUACUCUCAAUCAAUCAAUCAAUGAUAAAUAUUUUACAAUUGUAAUAACAUUUGAUAGUACUAUUGAUUUAUGGAAUCAAAUAUAUUUAUGUUUAAAAAAGAGGUGUCCUGAGAUACCAGUGAUUGAAAGAGACAUUGAAUUUAUCGAAUUAUUUCAUCAAAAGAAUUUGGAUAAAUACUUUGAUGGUAAACCAGUUGCUAUUCUAUUUGAUGAUUUUCAAUUUAUUCAAGGUGCAGAUUUAGAAGGAGAGAUAUUGACUAUAUUGAAAAGAUCGGUAGAGGAACACACAUGUUUACAUACAGUAUUUGCAUUUGGCACACCUAAAUUGAUUGGGACAGGUACUAAUACCAAACCAUUGGAUGAAAUGAAACAGAAUCUAUUCACCUUUUAUGAUAAUAUAUUACAUGUUAUCAAUAUUGACCCAUUAGCCUAUUACCAGGUAGAACCACUCCUUUUAAAAUGGGCCAAGGAUAGAGGAUUACAAAUGGACAGUGAUGUGUGUAUGGAGAUUUACAAUAGUACUGGUGGUUAUGCAAGUUUGAUUGGAAUGGUUGGUCAAGAGUUGGAUAAUUCACUACCAGUCAUUAGAAUUGACAAUCAAGGAUAUAUAGAUGAUCAGAUCUGGUAUGAUAUCCGAUCAAAUGUAGUCAAUCGAUUGUCCAAGACACCACUAUUUAUCAAAUUAUAUCAAGAUGUUUGUAAUAGACAAUCAUUGGGUGAUCUAGUCAAUUACCUUUUAUCUGCUGAUCGAUCAAAUUGUCCUUGGGGUUUAAAUUAUGAAUCAUUAAUACUUUACAGCUAUGGAGUGUUGUGGAGAGAGAGUUAUUUGGGUGAUAAGUUCUAUUGGACAUGUCCAAUCAUUCGAGAGAUUUUUGUACAAGUAAUCAUGACUGACACAUGUUUGAAGUUAGAACAAAGAAUAGAAGAUUCAAAAGUUAUGAGAAACAAGAUCAAGGAUAAAUGCCAAUCCUUACAAGAGGAGAUGAUGGAUAUGGAAUCAGAAAAAUCAUCUCUUCUUGUAGAGAUGAUGCUCAUGGAGGACAGAUUGAAAAAGGAGAUGAAAGGGCAGAAUAUAAGAGUACAAAAAAGUAUAAACCAAACCCACAACAGUAUUAAUAGUACAAAUACUAAAGUUGAUUAA